GUGUAAUUACCCCAUCCUUCAUGGCAAUGGGAGCUUGAAAGAAGAGUAUAAAUUGGGGGAUUUUUUAAAUACAACAUGAAUUCAUGACAUAGCACUUGAUUAUGAAGUGACGACUGUCAAAUGGAUAAAAUGAACAUCUCACCUACCUUCGUUACGACCAUCCUCGCCGCAAGCCUUAGGGUGACAUUUGCAUCACCGACCCUCUUUAGCCGUCAAAAUGACUUGUGUGGCAAGCAAUGUUGGAUAGACGACGACUGUUCGGGGACUUGUCAAUGGUGUUCUCAACCAGCACAAUGGAAGUGGCAAUGCGUCGAUUUUGACCCACACCCUCCAACCACAAGUGCAUCAUAGGGCGCCAAAGCUCAAUCUCCCAUAGCUGAUAAAGAAGGGUGAUUCAUCUAGCUGGGGUGCACGGUUCGAAGCUGGGACCUAGCCAGAGUUCGGAUAGUAACGAGCGGCAGCUAAGCUUGCCAUAAUAUCGCCUUCUUUUUGGAAGGUCCUUUAACUAUAAUCCUCAAGACUUAAGUCUGAUGACAAUUGACCGUAAAUAUCAUGGAUCAAACAGCCACACUGCCACAAGAACAAGUUCUAGAUCCUGGCUUUCUUUUAAGA